UGAUUUAAUUUAGGUUUGUUGUUGCAGAGUUAAAGAGUGAAGACAAGGGACAAACAGACACAGGCUUUGGAUUUUUUUUAUUAAAACACUGCAGAAAGCCUUCUCUCUGCUGCUAAAAAUACACCGAAUUGAACCCCUCUCUCUCUUCAGUAUCUCUUUAGCCAAGCCGCUCACCACAUUUAAUCCCUCUCCCUACUGUUCUAGCUGUCUCCUUUUCAACUCAAAAACCCUACUUCUACAAAUUCAUCACAUUUCAUUCUCAAUUCUCUCUCUCUCUCCUAGCCAUCGAGCUCAGACAAAAACGGUAUGAGAGCUACACAUGGAGGUGGAUCAGAUCCAAUGUAAAUUCCCAAAAAUCAGCAAUGGCGGUUAUGCUUCAACAAUAGCAAGCCGGAGAGAGAAAAUGAACGACGACGACGACGAGGGGGAGAACCGGCGGAGCAAUCCGAACAAAGGCGGCUCGGCCGAUCCAGUCGGCGGACUAUACGGCUGGCCGUCGUCGCGGAUUGUUAGGGUUUCGAGAGCCACGGGCGGGAAGGACCGCCACAGCAAGGUCCUUACAUCGCGAGGGCUGAGAGACCGGCGCGUCAGGUUGUCGGUUAACACCGCGAUUGAAUUCUACGAUUUGCAGGACCGCUUGGGCUACGAUCAGCCGAGCAAGGCGGUGGAGUGGCUGCUCGCGGCGGCCGCUGGCUCCAUCGCGGAGCUGCCGCCGAUGAAUUCCCCCUUUGCUGAGUCCGCCGCCGCCAGCGGACGCAUGAUGGCGCUGGACUCCGUCUUCGAUGGUGGCGAGGCGGCGGCGGGGAAAUCCUCGAUUGGUAGCAGCAGCUCCGAGACGAGCAAGGGCUCGGGGCUUUCAAUUGCCAGAUCUGACAAGGCCAAGGAGAGAGAGAAUGAGAAAUCCUCUUACGUUGCUUCCUUCACCGAGCUACUCAGCGGUGGAGGAGGAGGAAUCAACUGUUUCAACGGCCGCGAUCAAAGGCCAGUUAACGAAGAAAAUUCAAAUUUCUUCCUCAAAUUUCCGACGGAUUACUUCAGCAGAGGUCUCUCAGCCCCACAGGCGACGGCUUCGCCAUCGCCGCUUCUGUUCAGCGCGGCGGCGGAGCUGCAACCUCCGUUCCCAUUCGCCUCCGACCAAUCAGUUUCAGCAGUGAAUGCUGCGAAUCCGUCCGCCAUUAAUAGGGGGACCCUUCAGUCCAAUUCUUCGUCGCCGCCGCACUUUCCUCCAAACUUCUUUGGCGGCGGAAACCACCGCCAUUUCUUCCCCGGUUUCGACUCCCGUUUGCAGCUCUACUACGGCGAUGCGGAUCAGGGAAACGAUGGCAGAAAUUCCGGGCCGAAAAGGAAAGACAAACCCUGAUUUCGGUCACUCUCGAAACAGCUGGUCGUGAGAGAGAGAGAGAGAGAAGCAGCCCCAACUCGUAACUCGUAAGCGGAAAAAACUGGUAGAAUGUUACUAUUUUUAGAUGGAUUGAUUACAGAAAGUGGGGCUGGUUGAGGCUCGACCUAUUUAUUUAAAGAAUAUUCUUGUUAUUAAA